GCCAACUUGGUGCAGGCCACCGCUUGCUUGAGGUCCAUUCCCUGUUGAUAUCGUGUCUCACGCUACACCUGUCACAGAACCGCUUUCUGAGAGCCAGAACACCAAGCUAUGCUCUUUCGGUUCAAGGCUCGCACAGAAAGGUUGCUCAAGUGCACGAGCAAAGGCGGUAUGACGAUGCUAUAAGUGCAAGCGUUCCUCCCACCAGUACAAGCAUAUCUCUUCGUCCGUUUUGUCGUGGGUCAUACAGCUCCAGCCUCAAUAUUUCGGUUCCGUCUCUACUGUCGCUUUUCAUCACACAGAACAGAUGUCUUUCAGCAAGCGUCGCUACGACAAACUUCGCAGGCUCGGCAUCGAGCUGCUACCAGCGAUCGUCACCUCACCACUUGACGAUGCAUCGCUCAGGCGUAUGCCCAUACCAUCAGCCAGCGACUUGCCGGUGCGCAUGAUGCCAGUUCCUGGAAGACGGUGCCCUAGAUGCUUGGCCAAAGGCCAGACCAUCUGGGUGAUACCAGGCAAGAAAUGCCCUGCAUGCGGUACCGAAGUGAACUAAGGAGAGGCUAACUGCGGAACUGCAAGCCACGAGACAUGGUCUAUCUCCGCCCCUCUAUGCAUAUAUCAGCUACAGUCUCGAUCACUACACCGCAGGAGAUAAGGCGCAGACGUUGAGUGGUAUGACGAGCGCGUCGUCUGUACGAAUAGAGCGGGUCGGUGUCGAUAUGAGAUUUGGAAAGCUGGUUUCAUCUAUGAACGUUGCAUGGCGUUACGGCUAUUAUCUGAUCUAUACAUGUGAGCAUCCGGAAAGAUGUUUCAGAACCGGGAGCGUUUGUUGCAUUGUCUGACCGACAUGCAUACGAAGCCAUGUAUCAUUGAACUCCUCGCGGUCUAAUGUUUGUCUUGUUACUCGUAUCUGUGACAUUCCAGGCCUCUGGAGUUAGCACAACAUG